UUUCAGGCCAAAUCUCAAAUGGAGUUUUCAAAUUCAGGCUCAUUGUCGCCGGAGCUCCUCUUCCAAGGCUUCCCCAGAUGCCUGAAGACUUUCCUUCUUCUCCAGUAUUUGUGAGGAAGGAGAAUUUAUCUCUAGAGACACCUUUAAAACGUACACUUGCUUGUCCGAAGCUCCACAAACCUCGGCCGAUAAUCUGUUAGAUUUGAAAGAGAUAGAGUUGCACGUAGGAUCAAAUCCACAAGGACGAGUUUGGUUCAUUCAUUGAAAGUACAAAUAUAAACUCGAGCGCUUUGGAAAUGAUGCGGUAAAAUGAAAGGAGAGAACAGAUAAGUCGAUAUGGAUAAGAAUCCAGCUAAAGAUAUAGUUUCAGGAGUAUAUUUGCAUCAUGUCAGAUGGAUCUUAUAUGUUAUUACCAUUCUCAUCACUCUUAUACCUCAGAUAAACAAUAAGGCAAGGCCACUCGGUCAUUUGCAUUAUGGGUUAAAAUGCACCAGGCCGUCCAGAGUAGACGACAAUUUUUCUGCUGGUACGAGCUUGCCUACUGGCAAAGCGUCGUCUUUUGGCAUGUUGAUGAAAAACAUUGAUGUUUUGGAGGAAACUUUUGCUGAAUCAGGCAUGCUAAGCUUGGGAAGAGAUGGCCAAAAUGACUUAGCCAUUGAGGACGGGGGAUAUCAUAACGUAAACCCGAAAACAGAUGGCCAAAAUGAUGACGUCGUAGUUUACUCUGGUAAAAGAGCAGGAAGAAGAUCAGGAAAUCGAUGUCGAGCGUUGUUGCACGAAAUUCAAGGGUGGUCAUUGACGAAGGCAAUGAAUCAGAUUCAGAAAGCUCGAAAGGCAUUGAACAACGGUAGUAAUCGAUAUUCUGAUGACGAUAUAGCGAAGGCCACUGGCCUUCCUUUGGCCAAGGUUAGACUUGCUAACAACUGCUUAAAAGUUGUUGGUUCGAUUGAUCAGAAGAGGAGUGAUGGCCUAAACAUGAAAUCUAUGGAAUUUGCAGCAGAUACUUCAAUACAGAGCCCAGAAGAGACUGUGAAGCGAAAACUCAUGAAGAUCGACAUCUUAAUCUUCUUGAAGGGUUGGAAUCAAGGGAGAGGCAGGUCCUGCUUAUGCGAUACGGACUUGUCGAUUUCCGACCCAAGUCACUUGAGGAAACUGGGAAACUUUUGCACAUAAGCAAGGAGUGGGUUCGAAAAAUAGAAAAGAAAGCCAUAGCAAAGCUGAAAAAUGAAGAGACUGUGAGGAACUUGAGCCAUUAUUUGGCUUGAUAUACUUCUUUCAGCUAAUCUUUUCAAAACUUGCAGCAGGCCAAGGAAGCCAAGGUUCAUACUAAGAAAGCUACUGUCACAAGAAAACACGACGAAUUGUUCAUAUCUCAAUCAUCGACGUUUCGAGUAAAGAAUUCUGUACAGUUCCAUACACGACACACCAACCCACUGCUUCCAGGUUCGUGUUUUCUAACUUAAAAUAUGUCCUUUACUUCCAUCAUGCACUGAUGAGGCAGUAGAUAAAGAUGUUGACCUGGGCAUGGGCAAACCUUUCACAUAGCUACAUAUAUAGCAAUUUUAAGACAUAUGGCUCCAAAUAUAUAUGCAUUGUAUUACAUGUA